AUGAGUUUGUUCCGAAAUAUCUUUGGUGGGGGGAAGAAAGCAGCUCCAGUUGCGGGGCCGCAGGAGGCCAUUCAAAGGUUGCGAGAAACAGAGGACAUGCUAAUCAAGAAGCAGGAAUUUUUGGAAAAUAAAAUUUCUGCGGAAAUUGCUACUGCACGCAAGCAUGGAACUAAAAACAAAAGGUUAGCUCUUCAUGCUCUAAAAAGGAAGAAGCAGUUUGAAAAGCAGUUGGAGCAUAUCGAUGGGGUUUUGAACACGCUUGAGUACCAAAAGGUUGCGCUUGAAAAUGCCUCAACUAAUACAGAGGUGCUUAAUGUCAUGAAAGGUGCCACAGACGCACUUAAGUCAGCACAUCACAAUAUGGAUGUGGACCAGGUUCAUGACCUGAUGGAAGAGAUCUCUGAACAGCAGGAUGUUGCCAAUGAAAUUGCUGAAGCUAUUAGUAGUCCUGCCGGUUUUGAACAAGAUAUCGAUGAAGAUGAUUUAUUAAAAGAAUUAGAACAGUUAGAACAGGAGGAUCUUGACAAACAGUUAUUGGAUGUUGGUCCUGCUGUAUCAACGUUGCCUGAACCUCCUACUACAGAACUUCCAACCUCUGCUAAAAAAGUUCCGGCAAAGAAGCAACAAGAGGAUGAAGAUCUUGCCGAGUUAGAGGCUUGGGCAAAUGCGUAG